UCUAGCUAUAUCUGGAUAUCUGAUCUUGAUAGCAUGCUGCCUGAGGCAUGUUCAAGCCUGACAGCAUUGCAAGCCUCUGGCAUCUAUCAAUCGCAGGCUCCAACACCCUUCACAUCCACGUCUCAUCAGCCAAGCAUCUCCAAACCCCUAUCUCAUCGCCGCUCACCGCCCAAGUUAUCGAUACCUUCAUGACUUCGCAUCCCAGACGCGGCAGCCGGUACAAGCUAAGCAGUCAUGCUCGUGCGAGUAGCUCCACAUUCCGAUCUGCGAUCCCUGGUUUGCAACGGUCCGCGUUUCAAGCCUGCCGACAAGCCCUGCAACCGUUGCCAUGCGUCCUAACGGCGCCUGAACGUUGCCUAGAUAUGCAUAAAGUGACGACAAAUCAUGGGGUUGGGUGGGUGCAGCAUCCGACGCAAGUCGAGAAGUCGAUCAAAGCAGCGUAUUAUAUUCCGUAAGUCAACUUUGUUCAUGGCAUAUGUGCAAUAAUUCAGGAACAAU